UUGAAGGCAACCUUGUAAUGGAGAGUUUGUGUAGCUUCGUCUGCCUCCUAAUAGGAAGAGAAGUAUGAGCUCUUCCAGUCCUUAUUUCACCCAUUCUGACACACUGGUUUAGGAAAAUUAAAGGACGAACUAGAAAAAGACAAUGCACAGCGGACAAGUUGGCGUCCAAGAAUGUCAAGAAGCUGCUACGGAUCAAAGAAUCACCCAUUCAGGAGUGGAAGCAUGGGCCGCCAGCCCGAUAACAGUAGUUGUUGAGUCACCCGUCUUCCGUCUACAGCGGCCCCCAUCUACCUGUUACCAGCCUGAGGUACGGAAAAAAAGCUGGUCCAACUGUCUUGAGGAUUUUUGCUGCAAGUAUGACAUUCACUCCGAUUGGUACGACUUUAAAGGAAAAGGUUUUUGGUAUGUCCUUUUCCUCUUGCUUAUGUACUUAAUUGUGUUCGUCAUUGUGGUCGCAGUUUUGGUUGUAGCUGGUACUUGCUAUAUCUUAUGUAAAUUUUGUGAGUCAAGUGAGUCCACGAGUAGAGAACAAAGGCCGUCCAGCGGAGGUACAGUGUGCAUCCCAAUCCCAUUAUUUGAAGAGUAGUUUAAAGCGGAUCUAAUCAAACGUGAACUUCGAACAAGAUAUUAGUGUAAAAUAUUCCCUUAAUCGUUGGAUUAGGAACAUUGCUAUAAGGCCAUCCCCACACAAAAUGUUUACUUGACCAUUACAGCCCUGAAAAUUAGAUAUGAACGAAUUCUAUUUAACAAAAACUCUUUAUCGCAUGUUUUAUACUAAAUCGUGAAUAUGAAUCUGAAUAUUGUCGGAUAAUGUAGUUGACUUUCAUUUUUAGUCAGCAGAGGAACGAAAUUCUACGGGGAUGGCCCUAAUAAGCGAAAUAGCAUAACCUGUGAUGAUAAGUUAGCAGAGAGUAUAUACCAAAGAUUUCAGAAGCGUCGUAGUUCAUAGUUGUGAAAUAUUUACAAUAACAUCUGGACAAUGUUCAAUAAAUUUUCAUAUAUGCUGUC